AUGGGAAGUUCCUGGUGCUCCAGGACGGCCCUGGAUGUUUCCCCAAAAACACCUUUGUGGAAUAACCCCAACUUGCCCCACUUCUACACGGUCCCUGAUCCCGCUUUUUGGGCAAAACGAGGUGUGAAAUUCCUCUCGGAUAUUGUGGAGUCCACUUCCCUGAUCUCAUUUGACGACCUAGCCGCGAGGAAUGCUAUACCCCCCAAAUUUAUUUUUCGCUACCUACAACUCGCCCAUGCCUUCAGCGCUCAAUUCCCAGGGGAUAGGUUUCGCCUGGGAGAAUCUCAAUUGGAGUCCCUGGCUGGGACGGUGGGACUGAUGAAGCCUGCCUCCAGUUUCUAUACUACCCUACAGACCCUGAAUUCCUCCAGCCUGCUCACAUUACAGAAUAAGUGGAGAAUGGACGUCCCUGACAUGGACGAGGAAGACUGGGAGGAGGUCCUACUGGGAGGUGGACUAUAUCUCAAGGGUCACCUCAUUGCCACUGACACCAUCGCCGAGAAUGUGCCUCCUGGGCCUGGUGAAGGAUGUAGCUCCGACCAGGUCGGAACGCAUGUUGGUAGGCCUGACCUUGUUCUAUGCUCGAUAAUUAUAUUGGGGAUUUGGCUCUUCCUGAUUCACAGUAGAAGCACAAAUACUGCAGAUGCUGACGAGAAUGUAAAGCCUCUGCAUAUCCAGAGACAUCAACAUGGCCUUGUGCAAUGUGGACUGGCCCAGUCUGUGGCCCUCCCUUGCCUUUUUGUCGUACGCCCCUCCCAAACCCCACAGGCUUUCAAUGUUACCUCAGAAUCACCACGCAUUAAAUGGAGCAAACUUCAGCCCGAUAAAGGACAGAAGGAAAUAGCUGUCUUGGUGGCCCGUGAGAAUGUGGUAAAAGUCGCUCGUGGUUACGAGGGAAGAGUAUCUCUGCCUGCAUACCCCCACAACCGCUACAAUGCCACACUGGUUUUGUCCAAUGCUCGUGCCAGUGACUCAGGGAUGUACCGCUGUGAGAUUGUUUUGGGCAUUGAAGAUGAGCAAGACGCUGUGCCACUGGAAGUCACUGGUCUGGUCUUUCAUUACCGAGCAGCAAGCAAUCGUUACGCGCUGACUUUCCCUGAUGCUGUGCGAUCCUGUAAGGAGAACUCUGGUAUCAUUGCAUCUCCAGAGCAGCUGCAGGCUGCGUUUGAGGAUGGCUUGGACAACUGUGAUGCAGGAUGGCUGUCUGAUCGAACUGUCAGGUAUCCAAUAAAAGCUCCCAGGCCUGGUUGCUAUGGGGACAGAAAUAACCUGCCCGGUGUUAGGACGUAUGGAGAAAGGGAUCCACAAGAAACCUAUGAUGCAUAUUGUUACACUGAAGAGCCACAAGGAGAUGUUUAUUAUGUUCCUGAACGAAACAAUCUGGAAGGCGCCAGGAAAUCUUGUCUACGUGAUGGAGCAACAUUGGCCACAGUGGGGCAGCUGUAUGCAGCAUGGAGAAAGGGUUUAGACCAGUGUGACCCAGGUUGGCUAGCAGACAGCAGUGUCCGUUACCCUAUUCGGAACCCAAGAAAAAACUGCGGUGGUGAAGAACCAGGAGUUCGGACUUUAUAUCAACAUCCAAACCGCACAGGUUUCCCUAGUCCUAAAAGGAGGUUUGGAGCAUACUGCUACAAAGCUCUUCAAGCAACAGCCCCCACCUCACAAGGGAAUGAGCAGCAAGGUCCAGCGUUCAUGCCACAGGAAGACCUCAGGCUGAUAAAACCAGAACUUCAAAGUCAAGAGCCUGGACAAGCAACACAAUUGGAAUUUAAUAAUGCCUUGUCUGCCACUGACAGUGUAAUAUCUACUACAAGGCAUGGGUAUGAAAAAGGAGGCAGUGAUCCAGUAACAUCAAUAGAUUUAAAGGGAAUUUCAAGUGAAGUCAAUGUGUUAUCUUCAAAGCUGCUUAAUCCAGAUUUCACUGAAGAAGUGCAACAAGAAGCAGUGACCAGUGAUCCACCAGAAUCAGAUUAUGUUCACAGUUCAAGGCUGCUAACUACUACACAUGCCUCUAUUGGGAAUAGGAUACAAGGUACAAUAGGAACUCAAGAUACAAAGGUGACUCCAGUUACAGUCAGAUGGAAAAUUAGCAAACAUGAGGUUUCCAAGGGACAGAAAGAGGACUGGUCAUUGAACAUGGUGGACAGGACAUCAAAACCGAGACAGACGAGUUGGAGGGAGAUUGUAGAGCAGGUGGAACCAGAUUCUUCCGAAGAAGUUUCAAAUGCUGGCCGAGUACCAAAACAGCAGGGCGUUAGCAAAGAUAUAAGUUCAGUUCCAGAGGAUGGCCAAAAUUCAUUGCAGUACAUGUGGCUUUUAGGUAAACAUAAUUCUCUAUCUGCUAAGACCGAUGGACCUGGUCACAUUUCUGAUACCAAAUUACUUUAUGAACACUUUGAAUUUUCCACCCCCACAACAGAGUUGGAAAAUGAAAAGCAAAGCCCUACAGAAAACAAAGAAACUAGUUUACUAGAAGCCAGCCAUCAAAGCACGUUGGCUUCGUUUGACAAUCCAACUGGACAACCUGACAAAAUUGGACAGCGGCAUUUUGAAAACACACUUGGCAAAUAUGAAACAAGUUUGCAUAGGGAUAUUGUAUGGGAGCCUGAUAGACCUGAUAACCAUAUGCAAAGUAACAAUGAAUUGACAACUAUAGGAAACUGGGAUAAUGACCAUAUACUUCACGCUGAAUCUUUGUCCAGUUCCAUUGAAGUGAAGGAUACAGAGAAAUUGCAACCAAAGCUCAAGAUAUCACAAAGCACGCAAAGUGCAGGAUCCUUGUUCAGGGAUGGAGUGAUAAGGAAAGAGCUUGCCUUGAGAAUGUGUCAAGGGCUGGGAAGCAGUUAUCACACCCUGCAAUACUGCCAGCCAGAAAAAUGCAAAUAUUGCAUCCAAUCUGGAGCACGAACGGACAAUCUGAUUGUAAAUCUGCAAAAUGCAAUCAGAUUUUCCAUCCGUCAGCCACUUGCUGCAAUCACAGAAAACAUGAGGGCGCAGCCACAUGAUGCAAUUUCCCAGAGAUUAGCAGAAAACUUACAAACCAAGCUCAGAGGCACAGGACUGACUGGUUUGAAAAGACAUGAAAAAGCAGAACACCUACCAAUGAUGCCAUCAUAUCAAGAUGCCAGUGUUACAGCAGUAGUUGAAAACCAGCCAACAAUGCAGUCACCAACAGAAGAGCCUCAUGAAAAGAAGAUAGUAGAACAAUAUGCUAUGACAUUAAAUAGAAGCCAAGAUUUAUUGGACCACUGGCUUCCUACAGUUACGGAGCCUCAUGCAGGACACCAUUCGUUCACUGAAACAACUCCUGCAAAUGUCACUGAAUUUCCUUUACACAUUAUCAAAGACUCAAAAGUACCCAAAAGUUGGAUUAGUGCAGGUGACAAGCAUAAGGAGCCAAUUAAUGGAGAUAGCUCAGAAGUACUGUCAGCUAGAGGACAUAAGGCCAUAGAGGGAGAAGAUGUUGAGGGGUUUUCAGGGGAUCUUAUAGUAAAAAAUGGUAGACAUUUAUCAUUAGAAACUCCCAAUCCCAUUGAUUCAGCCGUAACAACACAAGGUUCUGAUCAUUUUUUAUUCCCAGUAACAAAACUUUCAGACACAGUAUGGGGAACUUUUGAAACGGGAGAAAACCUAUAUACUAAUUUCCAAGAACGGCAAGGCAAAGAAAAAACAUUUUCAGAGAAGCUAGCAUUAUCUUUUCAAAAGAAUAAAACAGAUGAAGCGCAUAACUCCACUGACUUGAGGCUGUCAGCAACAAACAUUCCUGAAACUAUCUUUGGGCACAAGAAUUCUGAUUUAUUAAAUGCACUUCCAAAAUCAAAUGAUGACAUCUACCACAAAAAUGUCAAAGCAGAAGCAAUACAGAAAACAACUUUGUCGCCAUAUCUUACAACUAGCAACCAGAAAGGAUCCAUUGGGUGGCAACAGGAUGUAUCUUCACAUACUACAGAAGCCCCUGAAACUGUACUUACUGAAACAGAGAACCAAACUACAACUGUUAUCCACCAUGAAACUGUCACUCAGAAUCUAGGCUUUGAGAGUAAAACCAUCUCAAUACAGAGCAUAAAAGAUACAUUUUAUGAAGCCCAGCAUGUAACUAGUGAAGGUGGUAGAAAGAACACAACAGCUGAUGAAAGCACUGAGUCAGUUCCAGAAAGUGAACACAUUUCUGUAACCAACUCAUUUACAACAGACUCAAUCUUGGCGACAGAAGACAGGGUAACAGUUGCCCAUGGAACACCAAGACCUCAUUACAAUUUUAUCUCAAGGUCACCUUUAACAUCCAUGGACAACCUGAAAAAAGAAAUGGCAAAUAGGGAUAUGGGAGCAAUCACACCAAGCCCAUCUCUCAUUUAUAGAGCAGACCACCAUGAUGAUAUGCAGGGGUUUUCUGAUCAAUCUUCUUAUGAGUCUACUAUUGCAUCUGACAACACUUUUAUCUUUGGGCCUACAGCAGAUAGUGAGAUGGAAGAAACAUUAUCUCUGGAGAAGGAAGAAGAUCUAGGAAGUGGUAGAGAAGAAGACAGUACGCAGUGGCUUAUUGAAGGUCAUAGUGCACAAGGGGAACCUCAGCCUUGUGUCCACAGCCCUUGCUUGCAUAUGGGGACCUGUCAGUCUAAUGGAAGCACAUACAGCUGCAUCUGCCACAAAGGCUAUACAGGAGAAAACUGUGAAAUUGAUAUUGAUGAAUGUUUAUCUAACCCCUGCCAGAACGGAGGAACGUGCAUUGAUGAAAUAGACUCAUUCCUGUGUUUGUGUUUACCAAGCUACGGCGGAAGCACAUGUGGCAAAGAUACAGAAGGCUGCGAUCAUAGCUGGCACAAAUUUCAAGGAUCUUGUUACAGAUACUUUCCCCAGCGGAGGCCGUGGGAGGAAGCAGAAAGAGACUGCCGGAGGAGAUCUGGCCACCUCACCAGUAUCCACUCUCCUGAGGAACAAGCUUUUAUCAAGAGUUUUGGUCGUGAGAACACCUGGAUUGGUCUCAAUGACAGAACAGUAGAACAGGACUUCCAAUGGACAGAUAAUACAGCACUGCAAUAUGAGAGCUGGCGUGAUCAGCAGCCAGAUAACUUUUUUUCUGGUGGAGAAGACUGUGUAGUUAUGGUUUCACAUGAAGAGGGCAAGUGGAAUGACGUACCAUGCAACUACAACUUACCUUACAUCUGCAAGAAAGGAACUGUCCUUUGUGGCUCACCACCUGCUGUGAGAAAUGCUCUCAUUAUUGGCAAGAAAAAAGAAAAAUAUAGCAUCCAUUCUACAAUACGUUACCAGUGCCAGGAUGGUUUUAUACAACGUCACAUUCCAACCAUCAGAUGUCACCGGAACGGAAGAUGGGACAGGCCUCGUAUCCUAUGCGUAAAACCUAGAAGACAUCACAGGACAAGGAGACAUCGUCAGCACUGGCAUCACCCACACAAACAACAAACUCAUGACACAAAUCACCAACACCGCCACCACCAUAACAAUAAUCAUCAUCAUCACCACCACAACCAUCACCACAAGAACCAACAUCACAACCAGCACAAAUCCCACCGUGAGAGAAGAAAAGAAGAUCGGCACACACACAGGAGAGAUAAGGACACUUACUACUAAGAAGUAUCUGGCCACUGAGUCUUGAAAAUGUCACCUACUGCCAAGAUACCCGUCAACCACUGGGAUAUAAUGCACCCGAAGACUUAAUAACCCCAAUCCUGUUUAAUACUAGAUGUUUCUGAGAUGUGUUCAUUGGAAAUAGCACCAGGUUUAAUACGACUGUUUUUGUUUUCUGUAAAUCUGGUGUUGUAUGUGUCUUACACCAAACCUUUCCAUAACUGGGCAAUGGAACUAAAAUAUCCAUAAACAACUCAGAGGACCAUACAGUUGCUUGCUGUAAUACCUGCCACUUCACCUUCUACAUUUCCAAGAAGCAAGAAAUAGACAUUCAGGCCCAUUUCUUCAAAAACUCUUUUGAAAAGAUUCUCUCAAAUUAUUAUUUUAUAAUUUUUAUUUGGGAAGAACGGCAAGAAAAUAAGGCCACUCAAUUUCUGAUGAAGAUUUGUUAAAUAAUAACCCCCAAUCAAAGAAACCAUUUGGAUAAUCACAAACACCGGGACCAUUUAUGGUAGACAAUACGAACAAUUUAGGGUCACAGUAUGAGCCUGGCAGAACUCAUUAUCACUGAUUAAAGUGUACACUGGCAGAAAGGUCAAUAAUUCAAUGGUAAAAAGGACACUAUAUUAAUCUGCUUCUGCUUAUAUGUGGGGAACGGUUUUGCUUAAAUACACAGGGCAAUCUGGGCUCUUGGGGUUCUCUGUAGCAGUCUUUGAUUUUCGGCCCUGUACAGUUUUGGUGGCUAUAUUAAUUUGUGGCAUUUAUUAUAUUUU